UCUGGAAUACCACAUCUACUUCCAUCAUUUUCCUGCUAACUGGUGUUCCCGGGCUGGAAGCCUUCCACACCUGGAUCUCCAUUCCCUUCUGCUUUCUCUACAUAACCACCCUCUCGGGAAACAGCCUGAUCCUUUUGCCAUUGUCACCCAGCCCAGCCUCCACGAACCCAUGUAUUAUUUCCUGUCCAUGCUGUCCACCACUGACCUCGGCCUGUCCAUAUCCAUCCCGGUCACCAUGUUGGGUAUAUUCUGGUUCGACGUCAGGGAGAUCAGCUUUAAUGCCUGCUUGUCACAGAUGUUCUUUAUUAAACUCUUCACUGUCAUGGAAUCCUCAGUGCUGUUGGCCAUGGCCUUUGGUCGUUUUGUGGCCAUCUCUAAUCCACUCAGGUAUGCCACCAUUUUAACUGAUUCCAAAAUAGCUCAAAUUGGAGUGGCAAUUGUCAUCAGGGGGACACUAAGGCUGACACCAAUGGUUGCACUUCUUAAAAGACUGUCCUUCUGCCACAGCCACGUGCUCCACCACUCCUACUGCUUCCAUCCUGAUGUAAUGAAGCUCUCGUGCACAGAAACCAGGAUCAGCAAUGCAGUUGGGUUGACUGCCAUGAUCUCUACUGUUGGUGUGGACUCAAUCCUCAUCCUCCUUUCUUACAUUUUGAUUAUUAAGACUGUCCUCAGCAUUGCAUCCCCAGAAGAGAAGAAGAAAGCCUUCAGCACAUGUAUCUCCCAUAUUGGGGCUGUUGCUAUUUUCUGCCUUCCAUUGAUCAGUCUGUCCUUUGUUCACAGAUUUGGGAAACAAGCCCCAGCCUAUGUUCAUACAAUGAUUGCUAACACGUACCUCCUGAUCUCUCCUGUAAUGAACCCCAAUAUCUACAGUGUGAAGACCAAACAGAUACGCAGAGCUGUGAUAAAAAUUCUCCAUUCCAAAGAUACAUAG